UUGAAAUCGCUCGACCUCAGUAGAGCCACCGCCCCUUCCCCGGCAGAGGACAGGUUCAACAUGGCUGCGUCCCUGAGGUGCUUUCUCCGCACAGGAAAGAAUGCCGUGUCGGCUCUGCAGCGGCGGGAAUUUCACAGGAGUCUUCCGGCCGCUGUGCAGAUGACAGUCCGUGAUGCCCUGAACCAAGCGAUGGAUGAGGAGCUGGAGAGGGACGAGCGUGUGUUCCUGCUGGGUGAGGAGGUGGCCCAGUACGACGGCGCCUACAAGGUUAGCAGGGGUCUGUGGAAGAAGUAUGGAGACAAACGCAUCAUCGACACCCCGAUCACAGAGAUGGGUUUUGCUGGAAUCGCUGUCGGAGCCGCCAUGGCCGGCCUGAGGCCCAUCUGUGAGUUCAUGACCUUCAACUUCUCCAUGCAAGCCAUCGACCAGGUCAUCAACUCUGCGGCAAAGACCUACUACAUGUCCGCCGGUCUUCAGUCGGUGCCCAUCGUCUUCAGAGGACCCAAUGGAGCAUCAGCAGGCGUCGCUGCACAGCACUCGCAGUGCUUUGCUGCAUGGUACGGUCACUGUCCAGGUCUGAAGGUUCUGAGUCCCUGGAACUCAGAAGAUGCCAAAGGUCUCCUGAAGUCAGCCAUCAGAGACGACAACCCCGUGGUGUUCCUGGAGAACGAGCUGAUGUACGGUGUUCCCUUCGAGAUGUCAGAGGAGUCACAGUCCAAAGAUUUUACCAUUCCCAUCGGCAAGGCCAAGGUUGAGAGACAAGGGACUCAUGUCACUAUGGUCACUCACUCUCGGUAUGUCAGUCACUGCCUGGAUGCCGCUGCUGUCCUCGCCAAGGAAGGAAUCGAGUGUGAGGUGAUCAACCUGCGGACAAUCCGUCCUCUGGAUGUCGAGUGUAUUGAGACCAGUGUGAUGAAGACCAACCACCUGGUGACGGUGGAGGGCGGCUGGCCUCAGUUUGGGGUCGGAGCUGAAAUCUGUGCCAGGGUCAUGGAAGGUCCCGCUUUCAACUACCUGGACGCUCCGGCCACCAGGGUGACGGGCGUCGACAUCCCCAUGCCGUAUGCCAAAAUCCUGGAGGACAACAGCCUGCCGCAGAUCAAAGACAUCAUCUUCUCUGUCAAAAAGACCCUUAACGUCUGACACACACACACACAAACAUGCAAAGUUUGUCUUGUUCACACAGACAUUGAAAACAUUUGAACCAUGUGUAAAUACAGCCAAACGGGUCCUUUAAAACGCUCCAGAUUAAUGUUUCCAACCAGAUGUUGGAGAAAUAAGCGCACAGCUGUUCAUAUGCACCCAGAGUGGUGGACACACAGGGUUCGGUCAACUGACAGACAAACUUGACUGAACUCUGUGUGCAACUUUGGCUGCUCUUUCCACUCUCUACUCUUCAAAAUAAAAGUCGCUCCUCCCUGUAGCUUUUCUGUGUUUCUAAGGAUGUUUGGUAACAACAAAACUGCUGAGUGGGCUCAAAACAAUGUCAGGAUUGGAUCAGUGUGCAGGUUUGUUGUGUAAAGAAUCACGUUUCUUCACCCCAGGGCAUCUCUGAGGCACCACAAUGCUUAAUUUAUAACAGUGUUUUGUGAGUUUAACUUUAUCAAGAAAUUGCAGCUUAUUUGGAUGUUGCACUUGACCAUAUUGCAAUUUGGAGAACUUGCUCAGCACUACAUAUUAUUUGGAUAUAUUUAUUUCACAGAUGCCAAGCCUCUUUUUAAUUUUGUUAAAUGAAAACAUGGGUUAAAAGUGUUUUCAUUCCACAAACUUAAGUAUUGAGAAAAGUUCUCAAUCUGACAGAAACAUCUGGUGAAAACUGAUUUCUGAGAACAUGUUGCUGAAAAGUCCUGAUUUGUUCCUUUGUGCUCUCAAAUUUAAACUUUCAGACUAAAUUUCUCGGCAGUUUUGUUGUCUAUUAACUCCCAAUAUAUUUCUAACCACCAAAACAUAUUGUAUAGUCAGUCGAUUCACUUACUGUAAUUCCUCGCACUGACUCGGGUUCAUCUCUAAAAGCAGCAGUGAAGUAGAACGGGCCAGCUGAGUGCUGGAGCUGGAGUGUCGUCAGGAAUAUUUAUUGUAGCUGCAGCAGCUCUGUGGAUGUUUUUGUUGCUGUAAAUGAAUCUGUUACGGGAAUAAAAACCUUUCAGCCCCUCA